AUGGAUUCGACUUCCACGCUGCAUCGGCCGUUUCUUCCUUCCCUGGCUUCUGACUCGCACGCCCUUCUCUCUCCCUUCCCUUCUUCCUCAGCGUAUCCUCGGCAGUCUGUCUCUCUUUCCCAAGUCCCGCUGUCCCGCAACAACCCUGUCGCGCAUGCAGCAGCUUCUUCCUCCUGCGCUGCGGCUAGUCAAUAUGCCGUUUUCUCUGAGGCCGCUGCGGGCGCCAGCGAGCUCGCGCGGCAGCUCGCGGUGGCCGACGAAAGCGACGGGGCUCUGGAGAACAAGCUGCGCGGCGUCGGCGCCUGGGCGGGGGGCUGUACGUACACCCAAGCGACGGAUUUCCGGUCCUACGAGGAGAAUCGCCACGCUUUCUCCCUAGGCCAGGUUUUCCCCGAAGUCGUGCCGCUGCCGCCUGUGCUUCAGCGGCUGCUGCAUCGGAAGAAGCCGCUCGAAGUCUCAGGCGAGAGGUGCGAGCGUCAGACCCAAGAGGAAAGAGUCGGGGAACCGUCUUUCUCAGCCUCUCUCGCUUCGGCCUUCUCUCCUCGCUCUUCCUGUCCCUCCCCUGCGCAGAGUGGCGUUUUCCCGCUUCUCCAGCUUCUCUGGGUGGCUGAGGGUGCGACUUUGCACCUGUGGCCUCUUCCGGUCGGCUCUCCGUUUUCUUCGCCUUUCGCGACCGGCUUUGCCUGCGAGAGAGACGAAGACGCGGGGGACUUCCAAGCCCGGCAGAAGAGGGCGCACUCGCGCCGCCUCGUCGAGCAACAGAAACUUUUGCACUCGACGCUCACGUACGAGCUGCCUUCGCCGAUUUCCUGCCUGCAGCACGUCCUCCUUCCGCGGUCUCUCUUGCCUCUCUCGUUCGCCUCGUCCUUCCUCUUCUUCUCGCCGUCUCGAGGAUGGCGACAUCUGUCUGAUUCUGGAGGCCAGCUCUCUCGUCGAGAAGACGAAGGAGAUUCUCGCGACGACCUUGGCGAGGACGACUGCUUUUCCUCCUCCCCGGACCCCACCGAAACGACGCAUUUCCACGCGCUCGUUGCCGUCUCUUCCUCCUCUGUCUCCAUUCUUGCUCUGGGCUCUCAACCGUCCCUAUCAGAAGCGGACCGCCGCUCGUACACCCGGCGCGGGCUUUCUUCCUCAUCUAGUUUCCCUUCUUCUCUUCAGCUGUACCAAGUGGCGAGUCUGCCGCUGAGCGCGACAGCCGCCUCUCCGUUCGCGACUCUCUUCUCUUCUGCGGACGCGCUGGAGAUCACCGCAGUGGGCGUGCACCACGGCUCGUCGCGAAUCUUCCUUGGAGACAAAGACGGCGGGCUGUACGAGCUGCGUCUCCUGCCGCUGUCGGCGGGCACAUCGGCCCUCGGCAACGGCGCGGCGAGGCAGGGGAGAGUCUCCCUCGCGGUCGGCGCGGAAUCAGCUCGGCUCGGGGUGCGGAAGAUCAGGCGAAGAGACACUUUUGCGGAGGCCCGCGGGAGCGAACGAGAGAGAGGGAGACAGGGACGGGGCGAGGCGGAGACCGAAGAAGACGUGCAUGCCUUUUCCAGCGAAGAAGACGAAGACGACCAAGGGGCGGGAGAAGACGGAGACGAAGCCGGCCUCUUUCAGUGUCGCCUGGAGCGUCUCGGAGCGUCUCUCAUCUCUCGAAUUUUGCGCGGCGCGUCCGAGGUCGUUUCCUCGGCAUUUGCCUUUCUCCCCUCGCGGCGCGUCCGAGGCCGAGGCCGGGAAGACCGACAGAGACGGGCAUUCUCGGCUGCUCCUCCCGUUCAGAGAGGCUUGGACAGAUUCGAGGAAAUCACGGGCGGAGAGAGGAUCCUUUCCAUUACGGCCGACGAGGCACGCGGAGCCUUGUGGGCCCUGAACGCCGCCUCGGACGUCACGCUUCUCCUCCUCGACCCCCCCGCGCUCUCUCCGGACGGGACGCUCGUCGAGGCACACCCUCCGGUGUCUGUCGUGAGGCUGAAACGCCGCGAGAUGGAGCGGCAAAUCGGCGCCGACUUCCGCAACUGGGCCGCGCCCCCUGUCCCCUUUUGUGGGGAACCGCACUGUCCCCAAUGUGUCUCUUCUUCCCGCUUCAGCUUUCGGUCGCCUCAGACGCCGUUGUGGGGCGGAGCCUCGGGAAAGGGCCUUUUCGGCUUUUUCGGCUCUAACCAGGAACUGCGCGUUGUCAGCGCACACCCUACAGCGCCCCACGAGGCACAAACCAUCGCUGUCGUCCUCCUGGAUGAACGAGGCGGUAGAAUCUAUCUUCAACUGGAAAACUUUUGCCUGGUGUCGCGACUGAUGGGGGAACCCGAGAGUGACGCGCAGGCUCCGUCCUCGUACCCUUCGUCGGCCUCGUCGGCGCCUUUCCUGCGCGUCGCCUGGUACCGCCCCGCGCCUGCAGCAGCCGGCUACUGUUGUGCGUCUCCGACUCUAAGCCGAAGCGGAGACAGCGCCUUCGGAGCUCCGCAGGGGCCGAAGGAUGCGGCGCCUGGCGCCCUGUGUGGAGCGCGUCACCGGAAGCUGAAGCUCGGCUACUACGCGCAGGGAGCGGCCGUGCUUCUGUUUGCGGCCGAGGACGGCGAGAAAGGGAAGGCCAGCAGGCGCGAGGGCGACGGGCGGGAUCGAGCAGCCAGCGAGGGCCAGGUGUCUCCGCCUGCCUUUGAGCGCCUCGUGGCGAUCGCUCCGGAGCUCGAAGUCUCUGCACGCGAGGCCGCGCCCUCGACUUCCUCGUGGUGUCACCUGUCCAGCGGCCAGAAGCAGCAGCCUUCCUCGUUCUACAACUCUGCAGCUUCUCGCCGUGUCCACCCCCUGAAGGAGGCUUUCGCUGCCUUCCCGCUCUGCACGUUUCCUCUCUUUUCUUCCGCCUCUUUCACUUCCGGCGAGUCGCUCUGGGUCGGGGAAGUCCCGUGCCUCGGCGAAGGCGCGGCCCACGCGCUGUCUGAGAAGGCCGCGUUCACGUUGCCGUCGCCCUUCGACAUUGCGAAACGCAUUCACUGGCGGUACUUGCCGUAUCGCGAUGUCCUAUCUGCGCCUGGGGGGUGUUACUCUCCGUCUUCGCCGCGCGCGAGAGGUUCACGGGGAGGCGCCGCCUAUUCGCACAGCAGGUCGGGGCCGAACGGGUUUUCCCCCGCGUCCGGGUCUUUCGUGUCCGCGUCUCCGCUCGCUGCGCGUUCUGGAUCGCAUGCGAGCGCAAAUCCAAGCGAGGCACCGGCUCCCGGCACAAAUCCGCUUUUUGCGUCGGUCGAGAAGACGAUUGCAGUCGCCCCUCCGCCGUUUGCGUCCCCAGUUCACUUUGGGAGACAGGCAUACUCGCAUCCUGCGUACACGAGCUUUCGGCGUCAAGACGGCCCAGAACUUGCCUUGCCGCUGUCCGCACUCCCAGCGCUUGCGCGCGACCAGGCGCUGCCGCCUCGUCGGGUGUUGAUUCUCACGACGCGGUGCGUCCUCGCCCUCACCUUUUGCUCUCUCGAGGAGAUCUACAAGAAGGUGGCGACGCGGCUCCUCCGCGAAGUUGAGGCUCGCGCGCUCUUCGCCCCGCGCCUCGCGUCGAGCGCGCUCGCGGGGCCUCAGACCAGGAAAGACUUGCAGCCGGAGGGGGGUUCACCGCGUGACAUCGCUUCCUCUUGCGUGACCUUCUUCAAGAAGAAAACCGCGCAGGUGAACGCGACCGAGCAGGCGAUCUUUGCGGCGGUCGUUGCCGCCGUUGACAGCCGAGGCCGCGAGGGCGACGCGGGGCGCGAAACCUCGCGGGAAGCGUGGACGAUGAGGCCCUCGACGGCUGCCACGUUUCCCGUCGAGCAGCGCAUGCAGAGGAUCCAGACGCAGCUUCUCGCUCGGCACCGCCAGGAGGCGGAGCGAAGCCAGGCGGGAUACCGGCCGACGUAUGCGCCAGGUGGAUGGACACCAGAUCCGAGGUGGGGUGUACAUACACCGUACGGAGGGGGCCAGACGGCGGGACCAGACGGCGGGCCACGCGGAUGGGCGCGGCUUUUCGACUGCGGGAAACCCGCGUUUUUCGGUGCGGGCGGAGUUGGCGGUGUGCCUGGCCCUUCCGUCCCGGGGGGAAACGUUCAGGAGGGAAAAUUCGCCGCCGGAGCCAACGACGUCCACGCGUUCCGCCACGGAUGCCCCUUCCUCGAGGAGCUGUUUCUGGCGUACCUCCGCGAUGUCUAUACACCGGAGCAGUUCGCGGCGGUCUGCUGGCAGUUGUUGAUCGACUUUCCGGCGUUUCUCGCGCCGUCGCUUUCGGCCGUUUCCUCGUCCAGCUGCGCCCGGGAUCUCCACUAUGCUCUCCGCGCGCUCCUCCACGCGAGCGAGGCACACGAGGCCUCGCUGGCAGGUUUGACCACGCAUGCAGGCCUGCUCUUCCACGUGGCCCCCGGGCUGACGGCGCCGAGUGUCUCCCUGCCAUUCACGUCUCGACGCGACCGCGAGUUCCUCGAUCUCUUUCUGCACUCGACCAAGACUCUCAGCACGCUGCCGCCCACGGCUUCGCCCCUCGUCCUCGACUCCCUCAGAAGAGGCGACGGCGUCCAGGAUUCGAGUGACGAGGGGCGACGCGUGCGGCUCGACGGCCCGCAUGCAGUCGAGCAGUUCCUCACGCCGCUCCGCAGAGGAUACGUGGGCGGGGCGCAGUCGCGCGGCGAAGACACGGCAGGCGGGCGCGGCGGCCUCGCCACGACCGCCGAGACAGGUCUGCGCUUCUGCGACCCGAGCCAGGAAGGCCGGGUACGCGACGCAGGCAACUUGGCUGUCUCUGGCGGGCGUGCGCAUGCGUUUGCAGGUUCCGGGUCUGGGGUUCAGAAGGGGGUGUUGCGGAGUGCCCCCAGCGUCUUUGCGAGCUCGUUCUCGCCGGUUUUCGAGGAUGAAAGCGAAGGGCGCGCGCCGCGAGUCGCCGCGCCGUCGCUCUCUCCUGCAGAGAUACCUGCGCUGCUCCUACUGUCCUGGCGUGCGCUGGUCGGCGCGAAGGAGACACCUCGCCCCGCGGGGGCCUCCCGCAGCGCCGGGUGGGGGUCGGCAGACCACGAGGCGGACUGCGCCAAGUUGAAGGAGUUGGAGAACGAACUCCAGCAACUCCGGCAGCGGAAUGCAUGCGACAGGCUCGACAAACGACGCGAGCGAGGCGACAGCGGAGUGGGCCGGAGCCGGUUCGGAGACUCCUCCGGCCCCAGCCGCUGGCUUCUCGGCUCAGACGCAGAGACACCGCGACCCGGCGGCAGUCUCCAGGAGCAACAACUCGAGUUGCAAAUCAAACAGCUCCAGCUUCAAAUCGAGCAGCGGGCGUACCAGCAACAAGUCCAGUUGAGCACCAGUGCAGCUCCCUCGCCGUCCGUAGACCCCUUCUCGUUGUCGCCGACGGCGAAGGGCCUUCUUCUGUUUGUUUCGCGUCUCCUUCGGCCUCUUCUGUUCGCCCCUCUCUUCGAGGCUGGGCACAGUCCGGCCGGGAUCGUCCGCGCACCCUCGUCUGCGGCGGCGGCGACUCCUGCUGCCGAUGGCGGUUUGCGAAGGCGCUCACGACUCGCCUUUCUCUUUGGCGAUGGCACGAGAGAAGGGACUUCCGGAGCCGAGGCGUCCUUGCACGCCGUCGCGGGCCUCGCGGGUGUGCAGGCGGGCCAGCUGGCCCCUGGGGGCCUUCCGGUCCCCAUCUGCAUGCGAGGAAGAUUUCCACUCGCAGCCGUCUCCGUCGUUCAAAGGAAGCUCGCCCUACUUUUUAUGGUAAUUGACGCGGUAUAUACGGCGAUUUUCCAGCGGCACGUCCAACAGCGGCAAGAGCAGAUUGCAGCUUCGCAGGCUUCGCCGACCUCGCCGUUUGUCUCCUUUUCGCCCAUCUUUCCUCCCGCGAUGCCUCAGUCUCUGCCUCCGCACUACCCCCUUCCUGCGUUCUCUGCGUCGUUGGCGGGGUACGCGCGAGACGCACGACCCACCGAAGGCGGCGUCUGGGCCUCGGAAGGCAGAGAAGAAAAGAAAUAUGCAGACGCCGUUGCAUCGGCGUCCAGGGCUGCGAUCGUCUGGGGCACCUUACCUUCCCAUGAUCAAGAAGAGCUGCAACAACUGUUUUCCGUCUCCCGCAUGCUCCUCCUGUGCAACGAGGCUCUGGCGGCGUAUCGACUGCUGCUGCGCGAGAUGGCGAGCUGCGCCCAACUCGGAAGAAGACGCGUGGUGGACGCGCUGCAGUUUGACAAAGUCCUCUGUCUAAAUCUCUCUCUCUUAUGCUCGGAGAGAAGCAGUCGAGAGGACUUCCGGCAGUUUGUCUUCAGCUGCGUCUCCGUCCAGAGCCCGGCGCUCGCUCAACUGUGCACCGGCGGCCUAUUCACCCCACAGGAACUGCGUGCGCACAGCGCGCUCGUGCAGUUGAAGAGUUUCAUUGAGGACGCCCGGGAAGCGAUGCAACAGGAAGUCUUCCAGCAAAAACUUCAUCUGUCGCGGUUCCUCGAACAGGCCGAGCAGCCAGGCUCUCUCGUUUCUUCGCUGCCGUCUCUCCCGGCGCCGAGCCCAGCUGUCCAUACACUCCACUCCCAAAUUGAACAGUUCGUCGACUCUCAGCUCGCGCCGCUUCUCUUUUUCUUCCCGAUCGGAAGACUCGCGGAACUCCUCGUUUCCGUCCAGAUGUACGGGGAAGAAGCCUGCCACGCCCACGUCACCGGCUUAUUGCAGCGGUUCCUCGCGCUCCAUUUAGAAGCCAGAGAACGCCAGCGCACGGGUGCCCAGUCGGGAGAUUCCCGGGUCGCCUCUCUCCAAGGCGACGAUGCAGAGGCGCUGUUUUGGCGCAUGCAGGCAGCCUCGCUCGUGGGCGCGGUACUCACCUGCGACGACGAGAGACUGCAGCAGGCGGUUUUCUCCUGGAUCGCCCAGGCGGGCCAAAAAACCUUUCCGGAGUCCCUCCUCACUCUGCGGAGCCCGUACCUCUUGCCGUGGAUUCAACAGCACUUCCGACAUUUCGCGCUCGACCUGGGAGCGUUCUACGCCGCGGCGGGUCUCUCAUCUCGCGCGGCAGCCGAGUACCUCGCGCAAGGUUUGCGCCCCUGGGGAGGGCGGGAUUCCUCGGCGCCGUCUGAUGCGUCGCUCUCUCCUCGGUCUCGCGAAGGAGACGGCGGACGCACGAGUCCGCAAAAUGCGGAGACGGGGAAGGUCUCUGGCGCUCAGGACGCGUCUGCGCGCGAAGGCGAUUCAGACGAGGCAGCCAAGGACCACACGGCGCAACUCCUCGCCUUUGAUGCAGCCCGCGACGCUUUCUGCGUCGAAUCCACGGCUCGGAUUUGGCAGCGCACGGCUGCGCAUGUCAGCCAGCAGAGCCGCGCGCCGUCUCUGCAGGAGCGCCUGGUUCUUCUGGCGCAAGCCAAGGACGCGCUGCAGCAGCAAACGCAGGAAAUGGAGGCUCAGGAAGAACUUCUGCGCUCCUCAAGGCUCGAAGACACCCCACCCAGCGGUGACGGACACGCAGAAAGUAGACACUUGCGACCUUCCGUCGGAGACGCUCGAGCCGCGUGGUUCUCCGCACAGGCAGUCGCCGAACGCACGCAGAGCACCCUUUCUCCCCUCCUCGUCGGCUGCGUCUCAGUCGAGCAAAUCUCGGAAAGCAUGCAAAUGGUGGGGUACCAGCAAGGCCUUUUGCGGGACUGUCUCCGCGUGUUCUGCUUCUUGACUGUGGAGUACGCUUCGGCUGCGGCGCGCGUGAAGAGCCUCGCGAUGUCGGCGAGUCGCCGGUGCGGGCCGUCUUUGCGCAGCUCUGAAGAGGACGAGAAAGGAAACCCUUUUGCGACCGAACAAGACCCGAAAGAAGAGCGGGCGGAGAGGGACGAGAGAGAGCGACUCUUCCGCGAGGCGGUUGAAGAUUUCCUUGAAGCGUUCUUCGCGCACAGAGAGCAGACCGUCAGCGGCGUCCCGGCAGGCUCAGGAGACACACGAACUUCAACAGGCUCAAGAACGACACAAAACACAGAAGAAUGGGACAUUUUCGGGAGUUUGUUGGACUUGAUGAUUGCGCUGCAAACGACGGUAUACUCGCGUGCGGAGCUGCUGUCGCUUGUCGCCUUUUUUUGGAAGUCUAAUCGCCGCGUUCGAGACGGGACGUUCUCGUCCAUCUUCCCCUCCAUCACGUGCCUGCAACUCCUCGCAAGCGCCUCGACACACCGUCAGAGCGACCGCCUCUCUUCGCGCGGCAGCCUCCUCGACGCCCGCGAGAAAGACCGCGACGACAGGCUCCUCUCAGAGGCGUCAGAUGCGAACGCAGUUGAAGACGGGAGAGUCGCGGCUGCAUGCGCAAGCUACCUCGCCUUCGCCACAGCUGCCUCAAGAGUUCUGGAAAACGAAAAAAUUCUCCAUACGUCGCUGGACGAUCUUCUUUCGUAUCCUGACGUGGGUCUUCGGCGCGCGCAGCGACGCUUGCUGCCAGAGUAUCUUGUCCUUCUUCACAAAUUCGUGAAGGAGCGGGGAGUGUCAGAAUCCUUCCGACCGUCUGCGUCUGCGGAAGGCCUCGCUGGCGGGGAGGCGCAGCGUCGGUUCCUGGAGGAGAUUCUUUUGCGACCGUCGUGCCGCGUGGGGGGCGAUGAUGGAUGCACCGAAAGUUUGCUUCUUCCACCUGCGCUAUGGCCCGCCUGGAUGAUUUUGCAUCGCCGUGUCUCGCCUGGUCGCCUCGUGGACGCGUAUCUGCAUCUCAUCCGAGAUGGGUCCCAGAUCCUCGCCGUCGAGAUGGGCGUCACGCCUCAGGUCCAGGCAACGAUUUUUGCGUGGCUCUUUGAUGCGUGGCUGAUGAACGAGGAGAACUCGACUUCAGGUGCGACGUUCAUCAAGACGUUCUCGUUCUACCUCAGCGAGGGGAAGCUGCCGUCUUUCGAAACUCCCAACGAAUGUCUCCACGCUCAGCUAAAUCGGGAAGAGCGCGAAGGCGCCAUCGACGCUUGCCGAAACCUGACGCGCCUCGUCCUAAACAUCGGAGCAGCCUUGGCCGCCGCUGCUCUCGAAGUGCCUCAGCUGAAACAACUCGAAAUGUACCGGAGCGCAUGCAACGCUCUCGACACUUUCCAAAGCAAAUUGUCUCUCUAUGCAGAUGCUCUCCGACACCCAACCGACGAUUAA